AAGAGAAGAAUGCGAGCGCAAGGCGAGGAGGGGGGAGAUGGACCCCCGGCUGGAGUUCACCUUCCAGCUCCUGAUUGAUGGCACAGGCCUCCCGCGACAUGCCAUCAUGGACCAUGUGUUCGAAGGAAAUAUGCUGGAUGACAUCAACCAGCUCUUCCUACCACACAUGAGGAACAAGCUUCUCUGGUACUAUCAAGAUGUAGAGGAAAUCGAGCAUCGUCCACUACCGGAAGGCACGAAAAAAGGCCAAGGGAAACCACCACCCCCUAUAAUAACUCUGAAGAAAAAGCUGUUUCUGUCUGACGGCUGGGACGUCAGAUUCACAGGCGUCUGCAUUUACAUGUUCCGGAUAAACGUCAGUAAACAGCUACCAGAAGAAGGAUUUCAUAAAGACCUAUUUUGUGGAAUCCUGAAUGCCCAGCAAGUGGGGCUGGUGACGGCUAUAGAACGAGUGAUGGAACACGUCUACAUGAACGCCUUGGCACAUCCGAGCAGCGAUGGAGAGGAAGACGAGACAAGGUUUCCGAUCGUGAAGAAUCAACUUCUACCCGGUUUGAGAUCGUUCUGCAGUGCCCUGAAAGUGUGUGAAGACGUAUGCAACCAAGUGAACUUAUUCGACGAUGGCCAGUCUCACAUGGCAGAACUUCAAGAUCAUUCACAGCUGAAGGACAUGGCCAAGAACCCAACCACCAUCACCAUGUUAGAGGACCGCGUCAACGAAUGGAUUAAGAAAGUCAUGGAGAUAUUAAGUGAAAGCGAACAAUUGCGACGUGAGGUGGACUCCAGUGGUCCUCAGGAUGAGCUGGAGUACUGGAAGAAGAGAGGCGCGCAGUUCUCGCAGCUCGUGUCGUAUUUACAGGAUAAUGAAGUCCAACUUACACUUAGCUGCUUACAAAUCGCGAACUCAAAAGUAAUAAGACUGUGGCGGGAUACCGAUCACAAAAUAACCUUCUGCUACAACGAAGCGAAAGAUAACGCCAAGUUCAUCCAAGCAAUGGAGAAAUGCUGCCACAGUCUGUACCUGGACGAUCCUGUGAAGAUCAAGGAUUCUAUACUGAGUCUGUUGCAGACAGUCAGGCUGAUACAUAGUGUGUCGCAGUUCUAUAAUACUUCAGAAAGGAUCUCUUCUUUGAUGGUCAAGAUAACCAACCAAAUGAUAGAAACUUGCAAGCAGUACAUUACGUGCCGAUUCAAGGAAACGAUUUGGUCCCAAGAGCGCGCGUUGGUGAGGGACAAGUUGAUACACUGUAUCAACCUGAACAGGACUUACAGAGAAACAUACUUAUUCGUCAAGAAUCAAGCUUUUUUACCAAAUACAGAGCAGUUUAGUUUUUCAGAGAACUAUGUUUUUGGGAAAUUCGACACGUUUUGCAAAAGGUUGAACAAGAUAAUAGCUAUGUUCGAUUUAAUGGAUGACUACAACAAUCUGUUUGAGAAAAGGAUGGAGGGUCUGUUGCUGGGAGAAGACCUCGAAGAAGCCAUGCAUACCUUUGAAGAGGCAAAGAAAGCGGUUACGACUUGCCAGUACGACUAUUUGGAUUACAGAAACAGUGAAUUUGACAAAGAUUACAACACUUUUGAAGAUAAAACAAAUGCACUUCGGGAGUCUAUAGGAAACACAAUAGAAGAAAAUUUUGCCACCGUAUGGGAAACACCGCAAGGAAUAAAGUUCUUGACAAGAUUUGAAAAGGUGAGCCAAAAGAUUAUGAUAACGAAGCUGAGUGAGAAGUAUGACAGAGUGCUAAGGUAUUGCGAGAAAGAAGUAGACAAGAUAACCAAAAUGUUCAAAAGGCAGAGAGAAGAUCCGCCUUUGCCACGGAACUACUCCCCCGUCGCUGGUCGUAUAAAAUGGUCCCGAUGUCUAAUGCACAAUAUGACCGAAACCGUGGAAAGUGUGUGUGCUCACCCCGUGCUCCGGUCACUGCCUGCAUCUGCAGACAUGAUGAGGAAGUAUUCCAACACCCGCUCCCUCAUCUACAACUACCAGGAGACCAUGAAAGCAGUGUGGAUGAACCAGAAUCUAUGGGAUGUGGACGACUGUCUUAACAACACACUCCUGAGGAUUGACGACAGUGGCUGUGUUGUAGUAAACCUCGACCAUACAGUCCGGCUACUAAUCAGAGAAUCUGACUGUCUCGUCAAGAUGGGAAUUGAUUUACCAAUUGUUUGCCAUUCUCUGUAUGCUAAGAAAAAUUACUUUACACUCGUCAAUGAUUCGUUACAAUUUCUCCUAGAAGAUUACCUCCGUACAGUGAGACGCGUUAAACUAGAGGUCCGUCCUCUCUUUCUGCCGCAAGUGGUGCGUCUGUCAUCUCUUUUGCUCCCCGGCUUGAAGUACGUGUGUUGGACUAGUGACGAUUGGCGAGAGUUUAUCGAGCGCGCCAACGCAGCUAUCAAAAGCUUUGAUGUCCUGGUAACUCGGGUACACGAUAUAUAUACUAACCGUAUAAUAUACAUGCUAAGUGGAAUGCAAGAUGUUACUUUGAUCAAUUUACCUGAAGAAACUCCGUGGUCUGUAGAAGAAUUCAUAGAAAACGUAGAAACGGGAUGUCGAAAUGCUUGCGUAGAAUUAAACCGUAAGAGCCUGAUGGUGGAGGAAGCAGUAGAAGAAGUCUUGGAUCUGGUAAAAAAAGCAGCUCAACAAAUCAAGCCAACUGAAAUUAAUCCCGAUUUUGAGUUUCUUAUAGCUGAAGAUGACAGUCAAGCGGGCAGCGGAGCUACGUCAACUGUCAAUGAUUCAACGUCGAGUGGUCAGCAGGACUGGUCUGCGGUAUGGGAGUGUUUUGAGAGUCCCCAUAGACUAUUGUCUAUGCCAGCUGGAGGACUGUCGAAGAGUAUGCAGGAAAUGGUGAAAAAUGCAGUGAGUGAGAUGCGACGUUACUACAGUAGAAAAGUUGUCGAUGUCCUCAUCAAAGUUACGAGAAAGACUCUGGAUGUUAUUAUCAAACAAUUCACCACAGACGUAAAUGCAGUUGAAGAAACACAAAAGAAACCGAUCUUCCUCCUUCAGGCUUCGCUAAUGAUACCCAACGUGUCCGUGACUCCUACUCUUGACGACAUUCAAGAGGUGCUGCUCCUGGCUGGCAAGCAUAUAUCUGGACUUUCGAAGGGCGUUGCACAAUGGACCGGUGGAAAAACUUCAAGGGUGAGCUGGAAGAAAAUCGCUUGUCCUUCCUCGAACCCGCUGCUAGACGUUGUUACGAAGCCUGAUGAACAGGUCCAGUCAGUCACCGGCCCUCCACCUGCUCAGAAGUCGAUGAAAAUGGUCGAUAUGGCUAAGAUGAAGAGGAAGAAACAUUACAGACUCGAAUCAGAAGAGAAACCACAGUUUCCAUUCCAACAAAAGAACUUUUAUAGUUAUGUUAUGGAGAAUAAAGAGAUUGUGAAGACAUUGACUUUGCUAUCUAUGUGCUCGGCAAAUGUUAAAACGGAAGUUAACACCCUAGUCAAACGCUGGAGACCUUACCAUUACUUAUGGAAAUGCGAGAAAACGUUGCGGCAGUUGCUAGCUUGGAACCUGAACGACUUCGAACUGUCCCUGAAAAGACACAGCGAGCUCGAAGCUAAACUUGAGCUGGAACCUGAUGUACUGAUCAUCGGAAAUUGCCUGGCAGUAUCCACGGAGAAACUGAAGCUAGGAUUAACUACUGAACUUAAAAAUGGUACUCACAGGAUAAGUCAAGCUAUGCGCAAGAAAUAUAAGCGCGAGAUGGACUAUGUAUACGCUAUCAUGAAUGACUUGGAGCGUAAGCUGGAGAGACCUAUCAGAGAUCUAGAUGACGUCAGAACUGUCAUGGAGACUUUGAAGAAGAUUAGAGAGCAGGAGGUUGAUAUGGAACUCAGGAUUGAUCCAGUAGAGGAAGCAUUCAAUAUCAUAACACGAUACGAGCUACCUGUGAGCAAAGAAGACCUGGAACAGGUAGACAAUCUUCGCUACACUUGGCAGCAGCUACAAGCCAGAUCCCUGGCUUCACACUUCUCCUUACUGAAGAUGCAGCCACAGCUCGAAGAAGAUCUCAACAGUAAUUUGGAUAGGUUCAGGGAGGAUAACUCUGAGUAUGUACAUGAGUAUCGUUAUGCGGGACCUAUGCAGCCAGGGUUGAGUCCAAGAGAAGCUUCAGAUAGGCUGAUACUGUUCCAGAAUCGUUUCGACGGCAUGUGGCGAAAGCUUCAGACAUAUCAGAAUGGUGAAGAGCUAUUCGGUUUGCCCCACACUGAGUACCCAGAGCUAGCUCAGAUCAGGAAAGAACUGAAUCUUCUUCAGAAACUAUACAAGCUGUAUAAUGACGUCAUCGAUAGAGUCAGCAGUUAUUAUGAUAUACCUUGGGGAGAAGUGAAUAUUGAAGAGAUUAACAAUGAGCUGAUGGAGUUCCAGAAUAGAUGUCGGAAAUUGCCUAAAGGGCUAAAGGAAUGGCCUGCAUUCUUCGCGCUCAAGAAAACUAUUGACGACUUCAACGACAUGUGCCCACUUUUGGAGCUGAUGGCUAACAAAGCGAUGAAGCCUCGCCACUGGCAGCGAAUCAUGGAAGUCACUAAAUAUAUCUUCGAAUUGGACAACGAAGAUUUUUGUUUGAAGAAUAUUCUGGAAGCACCGUUGCUGCCUAACAAGGAGGAUAUUGAAGAUAUUUGUAUAUCAGCGAUGAAAGAAAAGGAUAUAGAAGGCAAAUUGCGCGGUGUCACAAAUGAGUGGUCCGUCCACGAGCUGACUUUCCAGACGUUCAACAAUCGUGGUGAACUUCUACUGAGGGGCGACACCACUGCUGAGACCAUAGGCCAGCUUGAAGACAGCCUCAUGAUAUUGGGAUCUCUGCUUUCUAAUCGCUACAACGCUCCAUUCAGAAAACAAAUUCAGCAAUGGCUGUACGAUCUUCAAAGUACGAACGAGAUCCUAGAAAGGUGGCUUCUUGUACAAAACAUGUGGGUUUAUCUCGAAGCCGUAUUCGUCGGUGGUGAUAUCGCUAAACAACUGCCAAAGGAAGCUAAGAGGUUCUCUAAAAUCGACAAAUCUUGGCAGAAGAUUAUGCAAAGGGCUCACGAAACUCCUGGUGUGGUUUCCUGCUGUGUAGGGGAUGAUCUUCUCAGACAAUUGCUCCCACAUCUUCAAGAACAACUUGAGUUAUGCCAAAAGAGUCUCAGUGGCUAUCUAGAAAGGAAAAGAACUAUGUUCCCGCGAUUCUUCUUUGUGUCAGACCCGGCGUUAUUAGAAAUUUUGGGCCAGGCGUCAGACUCGCAUACCAUACAGAACCAUUUGCUGUCUAUUUUUGAUAAUAUUAGAUACGUCAAGUUCCAUGAUAUCGAAUACAACAAGAUGAUUGCAAUAGUGUCAUCGGAAGGCGAAGAGAUAAAGCUGGAGCGUCCUGUACGAGCCGAGGGUUCCGUAGAAACAUGGCUGACAUCGCUGUUACAGUCUGCACAGGGCAGCUUGCACGCCAUCAUUAGGAACGCAGUGGCCGUUAUUAAUGAUCCCGCUUUCAAUCUCCUGUUGUUCCUGGAUAAAAUGCCGGCACAGAUUGGUCUGUUGGGCAUUCAAAUAAUAUGGACAAGAGACGCCGAGUUAGCUCUGAUGCAAGCUCGUCAAGACAAGAAGAUAAUGAUGGAAACUAAUAACAAGUUUCUAGAGUUACUAAACACCUUGAUCGAUCAGACUACGAGAAACUUAUUAAAGAUAGAAAGAAUCAAAUUUGAAACGCUCAUUACCAUUCAUGUCCAUCAAAGAGACAUUUUCGAUAUGCUGUGUCGUCUCAACGUCCGUUCGGCGAAUGAUUUCGAGUGGCUGAAGCAGUGCAGGUUCUACUUCAAGGAAGAUGCUGACAAGACGUGGAUCUCUGUUACCGACGUCACUUUUACUUACCAGAACGAAUACUUGGGCUGUACCGAUAGGCUCGUGAUCACGCCUCUUACUGACAGAUGCUACAUCACCCUCGCUCAAGCGCUAGCAAUGAGUAUGGGCGGAGCUCCAUGCGGCCCCGCUGGCACAGGCAAGACUGAGACCGUCAAAGAUAUGGGCAAGACUCUGGCUAAAUACGUCGUCGUCUUCAACUGCUCCGAUCAAAUGGACUACAGGGGUUUAGGCCGAAUAUACAAAGGCUUAGCUCAAUCAGGUUCGUGGGGGUGUUUCGACGAGUUCAACCGCAUAGAGUUGCCGGUACUGUCGGUCGCUGCUCAACAAGUCGCCGUCGUGCUGUCCGCUAAGAAGGAAAAGAAAAAAAGCUUUGUCUUCACUGAUGGGGAUGUCUCCGAAAUGUGCCCCGAAUUCGGGAUAUUUAUUACUAUGAACCCAGGAUAUGCCGGUCGUAAAGAGUUACCAGAAAACUUGAAGAUCCAAUUCCGAACGGUAGCCAUGAUGGUGCCUGAUAGACAGAUCAUCAUAAGAGUGAAACUUGCAUCUUGUGGCUUUCUAGAAAAUAUUACAUUGGCCAGGAAGUUCUACACUCUUUACAAACUAUGUGAGGAGCAAUUGACGAAACAGGUCCAUUACGAUUUCGGUCUUCGCAACAUCUUAUCCGUGCUUCGUACUCUUGGCGCAGUAAAACGAGUGAACAGCAAAGACAAUGAAAGUACCAUAGUUAUGAGAGUUCUUCGAGACAUGAAUCUAUCUAAAUUAAUUGAUGAGGAUGAACCUCUCUUCAUUUCGCUGGUUGCAGACUUGUUCCCAAACCAGGCUUUAGAGAAGACAACCUAUACGGAUUUAGAGGAGGCUAUAAAGAAACAAGUUGAUUUACUUGGCCUAAUCAGCCAUCCGCCUUGGUUGUUAAAGAUCAUCCAGUUGUAUGAAACUCAGCGAGUGCGUCACGGUAUUAUGACGCUGGGGCCGCCGGGAGCCGGCAAGACGACCUGCAUCCAAACCCUCAUGAGUGCUCUCACUGAAACCGAAAACCCACACAAGGAAAUGCGAAUGAAUCCCAAGGCAAUUACAGCAGCUCAGAUGUUCGGCCGAUUAGACGUCGCCACCAAUGACUGGACUGACGGAAUAUUCUCGGCUCUUUGGCGUAAAACUCUCAAAAUAAGAACAGGCGAGCACAUUUGGCUCGUCUUAGAUGGACCAGUAGACAGCAUAUGGAUCGAGAACUUGAACUCCGUACUAGAUGAUAACAAAACUUUAACCUUGGCCAAUGGUGAUCGUCUCACAAUGUCUCCAACUUCCAAGAUUAUAUUUGAACCGGAAAAUAUUGAUAAUGCAUCACCAGCUACUGUAUCUAGAAAUGGCAUGGUUUACAUGAGCUCCUCAGGAUUGACUUGGGACCCAGUGCUACGUGCUUGGCUCAAAACACGUUCACCACGUGAAAAUGAAGUUUACACUCCACUCUUCGAAGAAACCUUUCCAGUCACGUACACAUGGUGCACACAAAAUCUUUCUUUCAGUAUGCGCGUCCUACAAAGUAAUAUUAUUGCACAAAUGCUGAACUUGCUAGAAGGACUGGUGCCUCCACAAGUAAUAGAAACAGAGGACCCUUCAGGCAAUAAGUCUUUAAAUGGUGAUGACGAUGAAGAGGAAAAAGAUAAAGGCGAAGAAAUCAUACUGUUUACACCUGAACACCUUCAUAAAGUCUACGUAUUUAGUCUUGUAUGGGGGUUUGGCUCUUUACUGGAAACCGAAGAUAGAAAACGAUUUGACACAUAUUUGAGGAAAAAGUUUAGUGAUAUGCUGGACUUCCCGAAACACCCGAACAAUAAACCCUGUAUAGUUUUUGACUUCUUUGUGAAACAUCCCGGCAAGUGGGAGCUGUGGGACGACUUGAUGAUGCACUAUCAAUAUCCUGACACCGCCACACCGGAUUACGCAAGCAUUUUGGUGCCGAUUGUCGACAACGUACGAAUCAAUUACUUGAUCCAUUGUAUUGCCAAACAAGGCAAAGCAGUACUACUACUGGGCGAGCAAGGAUCAGCUAAAACGGUGAUGAUGAAAGCAUACAUGAAGAACUGUAAUCCAGAACAGUUCAUAGGACGAUCGUUCAAUUUCUCUUCAGCCACGAGCCCAUACCAGUUCCAAAAAACAAUAGAAAGUUACGUGGAGAAACGCAGCGGUAUGACAUUUGGGCCUCCAGGUGGAAAGAAAAUGUUAGUGUUCAUUGACGAUAUUAAUUUACCACAGAUUAACGAGUGGGGGGAUCAGAUCACAAAUGAAAUAGUGAGGCAAACCAUGGGUAUGAACGGGUUCUAUAGUCUUGAGAAACCUGGUGACUUUACUACUGUCAUUGAUAUACUGUUUCUUGCUGCCAUGGGUCAACCUGGUGGUGGGAGAAAUGACAUUCCAGCUCGAUUGAAACGCCAGUUCUCCAUAUUUAAUUGUCCACUUCCCAACAACGAUUCUAUAGACAAAAUCUUCAAAGUCAUCGGAGAGGGACACUACAAUGCUAAACGAGGCUUUGCUUCCGAAGUGAGACAACUCAUUAAGAAAGUUAUUCCUUUGACGAGAGAACUCUGGGCGAGGACUAGAGCUAACUUAUUACCAACUCCAGCUAAAUUCCACUACGUAUUUUCUUUGCGAGAUCUAUCACGGGUUUGGCAAGGAAUGGUAGGAACUCUGCCAACUGUGAUUGAGUCGGAAAAAUGCUUAAUGCUUUUAUGGAAACAUGAAUUUUCGAGAGUCUUCUCCGACCGUUUCACUCAUGAAAAGGAUAAGGACUGGUUUAACAAAGCCAUGUAUGACAUAACUGAAGAGGUUCUAGGUACGGAGUACAAGAAGAUGAUGUUGGACAAAGAACCUGUUUUUGUGGAUUUUAUGAGAGAUGCUCCAGAGCCGACCGGCGAGGAGGGAGAAGACACAGACAUGGAACUGCCCAAGGUGUAUGAGCCUGUUUUCGACUAUGCGGAGCUUCGAGAACGCCUCGACAUGUUUCUGGCACAAUUCAAUGAAAUGGUCCGCGGAUCCGGCAUGGAUUUGGUCUUCUUCCCGGAUGCCAUGCUCCAUUUGGUUAAAAUAUCAAGAGUGAUAAGACAUCCUAGAGGAAAUGUCAUGCUUGUCGGUGUAGGCGGUUCGGGGAAGCAAUCCCUCACUAAAUUAUCUACGUUUAUAGCGGGCUACCGCUCCUUCCAAAUCGCAUUAACCAGAUCAUAUAACGUCAGCAAUUUUCUAGAAGACCUAAAGUUGCUGUAUAGGUCUUGUGGUGUUCAAGGAAAAGGCACAACGUUUAUAUUUACUGACCUUGAUAUUAAAGAGGAAGGUUUCCUAGAAUACCUUAAUAAUAUUUUAUCAUCAGGCGUUAUAUCAAACCUCUUUACUAAAGACGAGCAACAUGAAAUUAUUUCAGAGUUGACUCCUAUCAUGAAACGAGAGAACCAGAAAAGAACUUUGACUAAUGAAUUGGUAAUGGAAUAUUUCUUGAACAGGACUUGCCAGAAUCUCCACGUUGUAUUAUGCUUUUCACCGGUAAGCGAAGCAUUCAGAUAUAGGGCUAUGCGUUUCCCUGCCCUCAUUUCUGGUUGCACAAUAGACUGGUUCCAACCCUGGCCAAAAGAUGCUUUAGUUUCGGUAGCGGACCAUUUCCUAGCUGAAUUUGAAAUUGAAUGCACUAAAGAAGUAAAGAAAGAACUGGUGACAGUGUUAGGAACAAUACAAGAUGUUGUCUCUCAAGUGUCAGUAGAAUAUUAUCAAAGAUUUCGACGUUCAUCUCACGUUACACCAAAAUCUUAUCUUAACUUUAUCGGCGGAUACAAAACAAUUUAUCAAAUGAAACAAAAGGAGUUAGGUGAUGGUGCUUUAAGAAUGGACACAGGUCUGGAGAAACUACGAGAAGCAUCUAUAUCUGUGGAAGUCUUAAAGAAAGAUUUAGCUGUAAUGGAACAAGAUUUGGCUCUGGCAUCAGAAAAAGCAGAUCGAGUGCUGACUGAAGUAACAGACAGGGCUAUGCAAGCUGAGAUUGUGAAAAAUCAAGUACAAAUAGUGAAAGAAAAAGCAGAGGCUUUAGUGGCAUACAUUGCCGAAGAAAAAGAGAAAGCCGAAAUUAAAUUGGAAGCUGCAAAACCGGCGUUAGAAGAGGCUGAAGCUGCACUUAAUACCAUUAAACCUGCACAUAUAGCUACUGUCAGAAAGUUAGGCAGACCUCCGCAUCUUAUCAUGCGGAUUAUGGACUGUGUGUUAAUUCUCUUCCAAAGAAGAUUACAUCCAGUGAUAUCGGAUACUGCUGCUCCUUGCCCUAAGCCAUCGUGGGCAGAAUCUUUAAAGAUGAUGGCCAGCACUACAUUUUUGUUACAACUCCAAAACUAUCCCAAAGACAUUAUUAACAAUGAGAUGGUGGAACAUUUGAAUCCAUACUUUGAAAUGGAAGAUUACAACAUGGACACAGCUAAGAGAGUAUGUGGUGACGUCGCUGGUUUACUGUCUUGGACCAAAGCCAUGGCUUUCUUCCAUAGCGUGAACAAAGAGGUGUUACCUCUGAAAGCCAAUCUUUUGUUACAAGAAGCUAGACUGAAGGUUGCUAUGGACGACUUGGCAUCAGCCGAGCGUCAGUUGGAAGAACGAGAAAUGUCUCUAAGAAAAGUGAAGGAGCAAUAUGAAUCAGCAGUAUCUGAGAAACAGCAAUUGACAGAUGCAGCUAAUGUUUGUUUAAGAAAAAUGACAGCCGCUACUGCUCUAAUUAACGGGUUGGGUGGUGAAAAGAUAAGAUGGACACAGCAAAGUAAAGAUUUCAAAGAACAACUCGGCAGACUAGUGGGAGAUGUAGUUUUAGCUACAGGAUUUUUGUCAUAUUGUGGUCCAUACAAUCAGGAAUUCAGAAAUAGCUUACUGAACACAUGGAUGGGAAUUUUAACUAGUAAAAAAAUACCCGUAACACAUGACUUGAAUAUCACCAACAUGUUGGUAGAAAGCGCUACUAUUUCAGAAUGGACACUGCAAGGUCUUCCAAACGAUGAAUUAUCUGUUCAAAAUGCAUUGAUCGUUACUAAAUCAAGUUCGUACCCACUACUAGUCGAUCCUCAAAGUCAAGGAAAGAAUUGGAUAAAAAACAAAGAAAGUACUAACGAACUUCAGAUUACAUCCCUCAAUCACAAAUAUUUUAGAACACACUUAGAAGACAGUUUGUCCCUUGGUAGACCUCUAUUAAUAGAAGAUGUUGCUGUCGAAUUAGAUCCGGUUAUAGACAACGUUCUCGAAAAGAACUUCAUCAAGUCAGGUUCUAUAGAAAAGGUGAUAGUCGGGGAUAAGGAAUGCGACGUGAUGCCUGGCUUUAUGUUAUACAUUACAACUAAGCUUCCUAAUCCUGCUUAUUCACCAGAAGUGAGUGCUAAAACGUCAAUUAUAGACUUUACGGUUACAAUGCGAGGCUUAGAAGACCAGCUGCUUGGUAGAGUAAUAUUAAUGGAGAAAUCUGACCUAGAAGAAGAACGAGUUGCAUUAUUUGAAUCAGUUAUGAAAAAUCAGCGAAGUAUGAAGGAGUUGGAAAGUAAUUUGCUUUGCCGGUUAACAUCUUCAGAAGGAUCUCUAGUGGAUGAUGAGGCUUUAAUUCAAGUGCUACAAAUAACUAAGACGACAGCAGAAGAAGUAAAUGAAAAACUCAAAGUAGCAGAAGUGACUGAAAAAAAGAUUGUAAAAGCUCGGGAAGAGUUUCGGGCGGUAGCCGCUAGAGGCUCGAUACUAUACUUUUUAAUAGUAGAAAUGAGUAAUGUAAACCUCAUGUACCAGAAUUCAUUGAAACAAUUCUUGAAUAUAUUUGAUAAUUCCAUAACCAAGUCUACAAAGAGCAAUGUAACUGAAGAAAGAAUAAAUAUUAUAUUGAAGUAUUUGACGCAUGAGGUGUGGGCGUUUACACUACGAAGCUUAUAUGAAAGGCAUAAAGCUUUGUUUACUUUAAUGUUGGGAAUGAAAAUCGAUUGUCAACGUGGUUUGAUAUCGCACGACGAGUUCAUGGCAUUCAUUAAAGGAGGCGCAUCGUUAGACUUGAAUGCCGUCACCCCCAAGCCAUUCAGGUGGAUCCUUGAUAUCACGUGGUUAAACCUCGUUGAAAUUAGUAAACUGAAAACUUUUAAUGACGUUCUUACUCGGAUAACAUCCAAUGAGAAGGAGUGGCGUGUAUGGUACGAGAAGGCUAAGCCCGAAGAAGAACCUUUUCCUAGUGGUUAUCAAGAAAGCCUUGACGUGUUUAGGAAACUAUUGCUUAUUCGAUCCUGGAGUCCAGAUCGCACAUUAUCUCAAGCAAGAAAGUACAUAGUUGAUUCUCUUGGCCCUGAAUAUGGCGAAGGAUGUAUCCUGAACUUGGAAACAACUUGGGAGGAAUCGGAACCACGUACUCCUCUCAUUUGUAUAUUGUCCAUCGGUUCUGAUCCUUCAGCACAAAUAGCUGCACUAGCAAAAGCUAAAGAAAUUGUUUUAAAAUCAGUAUCCAUGGGUCAAGGUCAAGAAAUCGUUGCAAGGAAAAUGAUAUCAGAUUCCAUGAACGAAGGUGGCUGGGUGUUGCUGCAAAAUAUACAUUUAUCACUACCAUUUUGCGUAGAAGCUAUGGACGCUCUCAUUGAAACUGAACAUAUCCAAGAAUCAUUCAGGCUUUGGCUGACUACAGAAGUGCACACCGAAUUUCCUAUUGGUCUUCUACAAAUGGCUAUAAAAUUCACCAAUGAACCGCCUCAAGGUAUCAGAGCGAGUAUGAAAAGGACCUAUCAAAACAUCACUCAAGAUACCCUUGAUUAUUCUUCGUUAUCGCAAUGGCCACCUCUUCUUUAUGCUGUGGCCUUUUUGCACACUAUUGUACAAGAAAGGCGAAAGUUCGGCCCUCUCGGUUGGAACAUUCCGUAUGAGUUCAAUCAAUCUGAUUACGCGUCCAGUGUACAGUUUGUCCAGAACCAUUUGGAUGAAAUCGAUCCAAAAAAGGGUAUAUCAUGGCCAACUAUAUGCUAUAUGCUUGGAGAAGUGAUGUACGGCGGCCGAGUUACUGACGAUUUUGAUAAACGCUUGCUUACCACUUUCACAAAUGUUUGGUUUUGUGACGUAUUACUACGUCCUGGCUUUGAAUUUUACAAAGGUUAUAAAGUACCUACUACUAGGAAUAUUCAAGGGUACGUGGACUACAUCAAUCAGCUUCCUUUGACUGAUACUCCUGAAGUCUUUGGUCUACAUGGAAAUGCAGACAUAACGUAUCAGAUAAAUAGUGCAAAAGAUAUUUUGGAUACUAUCUUGAGUGUGCAGCCUAAAGAAGGUGGCAGUCAGGGUGGAGAGACUAGAGAGAGUAUUGUAUACCGCCUGGCUGAGGACAUGUUGGAGAAGCUGCCAAAACAAUACGUAAGCUUUGAGGUCAGGGAAGCGCUUCAAAAGAUGGGCGCGUUUCUACCUAUGAAUAUUUUUCUGAGACAAGAAAUCGAUAGGAUACAAAAAGUUGUGAAGACUGUGAGCUCGACGUUGUGUGACCUGAAGUUAGCCAUUGACGGCACCAUCGUGAUGAGUCAAGGGCUGAGGGAGUCGUUGGAUGCUAUGUAUGACGCUCGUAUACCACAAAAAUGGCUCAAGGUAUCUUGGGAGUCAGCAACACUCGGGUUCUGGUAUACAGAGUUAUUGGAACGCGAGCAGCAGUACAGAAUAUGGCUUCGGAACGGGAGGCCUUCAGCUUUUUGGAUGACUGGUUUCUUCAAUCCUCAAGGAUUCCUAACAGCUAUGAGACAGGAGGUGACUCGCAGCCACAAAGGUUGGGCGCUCGACUCUGUGGUGCUGCAGAACCAUAUCACUAAGCUGAAUAGAGAGGAUGUGCACGAAGGCCCUGCGGAGGGCGUUUAUGUCUACGGCCUGUUCUUAGAAGGAGCGUCUCUGGACAGAAAAACCGGCAAACUGAUCGAAUCAAAGCCCAAGGUUUUGUACGAGCAGAUGCCUGUGAUCUAUAUCUUCGCUAUCAACACGACUGCGGGGAAGGACCCACGCUUAUACGAGUGCCCAAUUUAUAGGAAGCCGCAGAGAACAGACGCUAAGUACGUGGGCUCCAUAGACUUUGAAACGGACAGCAACCCGAGACAUUGGACCCUAAGGGGGGUCGCUUUGUUGUGUGAUAUCAAGUAAAGAUGAAACAAUAUAAUUGUAUAAUUAUAAUCUAAUAAAACUAAGUAACGAA